CCCAGGGGCUAGAGGUACCAUGGAGAACAAGAAGUGGCUGUUAGCCCCAGGGCCGCUGGAACCAAUGCCCCUGGGCAUGACCUGCAAGCCCUGGUACAAAGACAAAUUACCUUCCAAGUGUUUUGCAAAGCACAAGAACAACGUUUUGAAGUUUCCCACCUCCUUGGACAGCCGGAGGUGGAUAUUUGUGAAAGAGGGGCUGGACGACUUCAGGAGGGGGUGUCCACCUUGUGAAGAUCUGAUUACUCGCAGCCCUAAGGAGGGCUUUCUCCCCAUCAUUGCUCACAGAGUUCCCCAGCCUGCCCCAACAAAGAGUCAUAAAAAGCUGACCAAGGAAGCAGACCCAUUUUCUACACUCUCACCAGCCCAGCUAGCAAGGAAGGCAUUCAUGGAGGACACUGAAGCCCACCUGACUGAGCAUCCCUUGGCUUUCUAUCCAAGUCUAGAGAAAAAUCUACCUGCAGACCUCUUACUAAAGGUUCUGAAAGUGCUGGAUCCUGACAGGAAACUGGAGGCCACUUGGGCUUCUUGUGAGAACACGGAGAAAAAAAAGAAGUCUCCCACAAAGCUUAGUAAGAAACGUCCUGUCAAAGUUGAAUUUCCCAAGAAGACUCCUGGGUCAUAUCCAGACAAAGUGCCUCUUGAAGAAAAGAGCUCAAGCACAAAUGAUUUGCUCGAAAUUCCUCCUAUUCAUAGACAAAUACCAAGAGGAGUUCGUAAAUUCUGCAAGUGGGUUGCUACUUUCGGAGACAUGGGCAUUGAUGAAGAGUUCAUCAUGAAACUGUUUGACAUUGGCUAUGAGUGCAAACUAUCCCGUGAAAUGGUCUGCCUGAAGAAAUUAAACCAGGUUCCUAUGGAUCUAAAGAACAGGAAGGGGCUAGAUGAGAUGGAGGGCAUAAGAUUCUCCUUACAGGGGAAAGACUGGGAGAAGAAACUCCAGCCACCGCAGAGCCCUUAUAAACCCAACUGGGUGAAAAUAAGGUAUGGAGCAUGGUACCUGAAGCCCAAGUUGUGGAAAAAGCUAAUAAAUGAUGAACCUUUGAUUGACCCCAAGGUCUUACUUGAAGCUCAAGAUGGGAGUCUGAAUGUUCCUGAAAAGGAUAUUAUUGAAGACCUUUAUGGAACAAUUGCCUUUAAAGAUUUCAUUCAACUCAAGGGCUACAGGAUGCCAGGCUUUCUUGAAAGGUUGUUUACCAGGAAGGGAUGGAGCUAUGAUUCUGUUAAGACUCCUAUACACCGAGUAAUGAAAAUGCACCCAAAUAUAGAAGAAGACCCACAGGAAGAUGUUUAAACAUUUUUCUAUUUACUACUUACUUGGUGAUUUCUCUUGUAUUUUAACAUCAAGUAGAAUUCAUGAUGAGUGUUCCACUGUGCAUGUACAAUUUUGAUUCCACAACGUGUGUCGAUUUAUCACUUAAUGUCUAUAAAGAUUCCUCAAUGACC